AUGUUGAACAAGCGAAAACCGGAUAACAUGUCGAAAUCAGCACCCGCAUCAGCACCAUUGCAUGAUGGCGAAAGUCCAGCGAGUAAAGAAAAAGAAGAUGGUGAAAACAACAAGACCAAAGAUGUUCAGACCAGCGAAUCUGAUAUCGUCUACCCUUCUGGAAUCAAGCUAUGGCUUCUACUCAUGUCUGUUCUGGUCGGGAUGUUGUUGUCUUCCCUAGAUCGUCUAAUUAUAUCGACCGCAAUCCCUCAAAUCACCAAUGAAUUCAACUCGGCAGACGACAUUGGCUGGUACGGCACGGCGUACUUACUCACCAGUUGCGCGUUCCAGCUUGUAUUCGGCAAAUUGUAUAUUGUGUUCAGUGUCAAGGUUACAUUUCUGACCUCGGUUCUCCUGUUUGAGGUUGGCUCAGCUGUUUGCGGCGCAGCUCCAAAUUCGAUUGCUUUCAUUUUCGGACGUGCUAUUGCGGGCGUCGGGUCUGGGGGUAUACUGUCUGGUACUGUCGUGGUCAUCGUCUACUCGCUCCCAUUGCACAAACGUCCCAUGGUCCAAGGUUUCAUGGGUGCUGUAUUCGGUGUUUCCUCUGUUGCUGGCCCGCUCAUUGGUGGUGCUUUCACAACCAACGUAACAUGGAGAUGGUGCUUUUAUAUCAACCUGCCUCUGGGUGGUGUGGUCAUGGUGCUUGUUUUCUUCCUCCUCAACAUUCCUGACCGUCCUGGCACGGACAAGCCACUGAAGGAAAAGAUACGACAGCUCAACUUUCUGGGUCUGCUAGCUCUCUUCCCCGGGAUCGUAUGUCUCUGUAUGGCUUUGCAGUGGGGUGGGACAAAGUAUGCUUGGAGUGAAGGCCGUGUCAUCGCUCUAUUAACACUAGGGAUUGGUCUUCUUAUCGUCUUUGUAUUGAUUCAGGUCUGGAAGCCUGACCAAGCCACCGUCCCGCCUCGGAUAAUUACUCAACGGAGCGUGGCCUCUGGAGUUUGGGCAAGCUGUUGUAUCGGCUCCCAUCAAAUGUUAUUUCUCUACUACCUCCCGGUAUGGUUUCAGGCCAUCGACGGCGUCUCAGCCGUAACAAGCGGUAUUCAUAUUCUGCCCAUGCUCCUUCCCGUCGUGGUCGCCUCGAUCCUCAACGGCCAAAUGGUCUCAAGGAUAGGCUACUACACGCCUUCAAUGAUUCUAGGGACAUGCAUGACGGCCAUCGGCGCCGGGCUCCUCACAACCUUGCACGUCACCUCCACUGAAGGCCAAUGGAUCGGGUAUCAGGUUCUCUACGGUCUGGGCAUGGGGCUCUGCAAUCAAUCUCCCAACAUGGCCGCGCAGACUGUGCUGCCGCGCCAAGACGUCUCAAUAGGCGUGUCGCUCAUGUUCUUUGGGCAGACCCUCUUCGGCGCAGUGUUCACUUCCGUUGGCCAGAACCUGUUGGACAAUCAACUGUUGAAGAAGCUGCGCCUCCUAGGUGUCCCUGGUAUCAAUGCCAAAGUAAUCCAGGACCACGGUGCGACGGAUCUGUUGAACUUUAUUCCACACCAGUAUCACGAUGUGGCGUUGAAGGCGUACAAUGAUUCCCUUAGGGCUUGUUUCCAGGCUGCUCUGGUCAUGGCUUGUCUUUCUACCUUGGGUGCGGUGGCUAUGGAGUGGCGUACUGUCAGGAAGAACCUCCCACCGAAGGAUAAGACUGGCGCAAAUGAUACAAGGGAUACAGAGGAGGGUAAGCGUGGUGGUGGCAGUAUGACGAUGGAGAGCAAGACCGGUACAGCCGUUACCCAGAUUCCAGGAGCAUCAGCGGGGUUUGUCCGUCAGGACUUCGUGUCUGGUGGUGACGGUGUCUCCACUGCGAAUUGUCAACGUCAAUGUACACUCACGCCGCAGCAGCACGUAACGGAAGGCCCAGAACGAGACAGUGAUAACCGCACUGAGAUCGGGCCGGAGAAAUGA